AUGAAUACCGAUCCCAUCCGAGCGCCAAAUGUGGACGACGACUUGCCUAUUAUCGCCCUUUCUCCGUCAUCAUCGCCGCCGCCUUCGCCGCUCCAAUUGUCACCCGCUCCACCUGCGUCUCCGGCCCCAACUGCGGUCCGUCCCUCUGCGUCUUACGGCCCUGUUGUUGUCGACGUCGUUCCGAGAACUCUCUGUUCGCUCAAGGAUAUAGCUCUUGAGAUUCCUGGUGCAGUGUCUCUCAAUGCACCUAUCGCAAUCACACCAAGUCCAGUCAAUAAGCUCACCCAUGCCAUAACCCAUCUGGAAAGUUCCGUUCCAGAGGCAUCUCUUGGUUUGACCAGCAACCACAUAACUCCCUCUUUGGAUGUUCCAGGCAAGGCCGAUGAAGACCACAUGAUAGACCCUUCCAUCGACGUCGAUUGCAAAGUUCCAUCCGGCGUCGAUGAUAGCCAUCCUGUCAUGCAGUUUCUACUUUGGCAGUGCGAAGAUGCUCGAACAAGCCAUGACAACGCCGAACGCGCUUUCAAUCUCACUCUUCUGCGUCGACUCAAAAGUGUCCAUAAUAGCUUUGAAUUCGACAUGGUGAAUCGUGGGCUGGAUAUCUAUAGAAAGGAGAUGUCCCUCAACGCAGAGCGCCUCACGCUCGCCCAGUCUUGCCUCGCUCGCUACACGAACACAUCCGUCGCGGUCUCCCAAGCCGCCACCCCAGACGCAAGCUGCAGAUGCCAUACCUCGCAUCUUAUCUGCACGUUUGAAGGCUGCAAGAUGUCUGGAUUCAUCGAGCGUCUCGCAAAGUUCUUCCCAGGUGGUUCGACGGAACUCGUGAAGCAGUUCGUGCAUUCGACGGAGCAUCGCAUGCUUGAGACGUACCCGCGCUCAACGCAAGACUCCACGCCGGAAGAAGUUCGAUCCCGCAAUGUUCACGUCACUCCCAUGCUACAGGCGGCCGUGCGCCCUUCACAUACAAGAGUACUGGAUAAUACGCUUGACGGCAGUCGGACCGGCUCUGAGGCAACACUGCUCGAGGAUGCAGUCCCCGUUGAAGCGCUCGGGAGUGUUCCUGUCUAUCACGAGUGGUUUGUUGUAUACAAGAGCAGGAUGGAUCCAACUAGGGGCAACACGCGCAUAUACAAGGCGUCCGAUGUUGUGGACUCGAAUUAUCUCCGCAGGCUGGAACCUGUUAGUAAUAUCACGUCUUUCUUCACUCUCGAGGAAGCCAGUGCCUUCAAACACUGGAUAGACCGCUCUGACUGGAAUGUGUCCAAGGGUGUCGAUUACUGA